AUGGACAUCAGAUCUUAUCCAAAACUCACCAUCUGCCACUUUUGUUCUCCACCGUUUCUGAACGCUAGCCGUGUUCUUACAGGAAACCCAGCAAAUGUCCAACACAUGCUUAAAACCCAGUUUUACAGCUACGAGAAAGGUAGCAAAGCUCGGCGAACUCUCUGCGAUUUUCUUGGAAACGGUAUCUUUUGCAUUGAUGGGGAUUCUUGGAAGUUUCAAAGACAAGUUCCCGGCCAUGAAUUCAAUGCCAAUUCACUGCGUAAAUUCGUCGAGACCGUUGUGGAAACUGAACUCUCUCAACGCUUAAUCCCGAUUCUCUCCACUGCUGCUGCUAAUAAUACAGUUCUUGACUUGCAAGACGUACUUAAAAGAUUCGCUUUUGACAGCAUAUGGAAGAUCGCUUCCGGAUAUGAUCCUGCAUACUUGCUGCCUGAUCUCCCCGAAGCAUUGGUAUUCAAUAUUGGAUCAGAGAAACGCCUCAAAGAAGCAUCUUCUGAAUCACGCGAGUUCGCCAAAAUCAUCAUCAAAGAAAAGAAGCAAGAACUCAGCAACAAAUCAUCACUCAAAUCUAUCGAUCUUUUAUCACAUGGCAAGGUUGCAAUGUCCGACGAUGUUUUGCCCGACGAGACUGUGGUUAAGAAGGGAAUGAGGGUGUAUUACCAUCCGGAUGCAAUGAGAAGGCUCGAGAUGUUGUGGGGUUCGGAUUGGGAAAAGUUCAGGCCAGAGAGAUGGCUGGAGAGUGCUAGCCAUGGAAUUAAUAACAAUGGGAAGCGGAGUUUUGUAGGGAGGGACCCGUACACCGACCCUGUUUUUCAGGUUGGGCCAAGGAUUUACUUAGGUAAGGAUAUGGCUUUCUUGCAAAUGAAGAGGUUGGUUGCUGGGGUUUUGCGGAGGUUUAAGGUUUUUCCAGCGGCAGACGAUGGCGUUGAGCCCGUGUUUGUUUCUUAA